GAUGCACUGUUGCCCACACUCAUCACCUUCAACAGUGUGAUGCACGUUUGUGCAUGCGGAGGAAGGCCAGUUUGGAGCCCGACGAAGUGAGUCUGAGCACGGCCAUAACGGCUUUGCAGAUGCAUGGCCUUUGGGUGCUUGCACUUUCACUUCUGACGCAGGCAGAAGGAGCUACCAGCGACUUUGCGUACAACGGAGUCAUCAGCGCCUGCGAGAAGGGCGGGGCUUGGGAAGUGGCUCUGCAAAUCCUGGAUCAAAUGCUUCAGAAUUCGGUCACUCCGGACGUCUUCAGCUGCAGCGCGGCUGCUGCAGCCUGUGCACGGGCCGGACAGUGGCGGGAGGCCCUCCAGGUUCUUGACUCGAUGUCUCGACUGCAGGUCACACCGAAUGACAUCUGCUUCAACUCCGCCCUGAGUGCCUGUGAGGAAGGGCGCAGCUGGAGCGGGGCCAUUGAGAUUCUGGAAGCCAUGGUACGGACACGGCCGCCUCGCGAUGCUUUCAGCUACAGCAGUGCCAUCAGCGCAUCUGAACGAUCAUGCCGGUGGCAGGUGGCCGCCAACCUCCUUGAGCAGAUGCCCGUUGCGAAGGCUAAGCCGAACGUCCUCUGCUACUCGCCUGUGCUCCGCGCAAGCGCGCGCCGCAGUGUCUGGGGUGACGCUAUGAGGAGCUUGUGCUUGAUGGGGGAAGCACUCGUCGUCCCUGAUGUAAUUGCCUAUGAACACGCCACUACCUCCUGCGUCCUCCCAGUUAUUAAAGAUGAGGAUGCUCUGGUGUUUGGACGUCGGAUUGUUCGUCCGAACGCGCUUCCGACUGCAGAGUUGGAGAUUCAUCGCAAGAUUCUGGUUGGUGUUUUGGAAAUUGAUAGAACGUUUCUGGCUGAAGCAGAUGCGCUCGGUAUCGUAGCCUUUCAAGGCACGGGAAAGGCCCAGGCUGGGGUUGCAAAGAAAGGAACGCAGGUCCCUCAGACGAUGUAUGUCGAGAAGCUGGUCGAAGUUCCCAAGGUGCAGAUGGUGGAAACCAUCAAGCAGGUCCCGAAGCCCAUGAUGAAGCAAGUGGAGAAACAGGUCGUGAAGCCAAUCUACGAGGUCAUUGAGCGGGUGGUAGAGGUCCCUAUAACGACCAUCCAGGAGCAGAUUGUGGAAGUUCCGAAGAUGGAGUAUGUGGACCUUGUCCGGGAGAUCCCGAGGCCUGAGGUGCAGAAAGUGCAGAAGCAGGUGGAAAAGCCCGUGAUCCAAUGCAUCGAGAAGGUCAUGGAAGUUCCGCAGUAUACGGUUCAGGAGUGCAUCGUGGAGGUUCCCCGAGUGGAGGUCCACGAGGUCACGAAGCAAGUGCCGCGAGUGGAGAUCCAGACUGUCGACAAAGAGGUCAAGAAGAGGGAAAUUCAGUAUGUCGAGAAGAUCGUUGAGGUGCCUCAGAUCGUGUAUGAGGAACGCAUCGUCGAGGUCCCCAGAAUCGAGUACCGCGAGGUGAUUAAGCAGGUACCAAAGCCGGAGAUCCAAUACAUCGACAAAAAGGUCCCCAAGCACGUUAUCGAGUACGUUGAGAAGAUCGUGGAGGUACCACAGGUGGUCUAUGAGGAACGCCCGGUGGAGGUGGAGCAGGUUCACACCGUCGAGGCUCUCACAGAGAUCCCGAAGCCUGUGGUGCAAACGAUCGAGAAACACAUCCCGAAGGUUGAGCUCCGGGCCCAGGAGCGCGUCGUGGAGGUUCCUACAACUUUACAAGUUGAGCAACCAGUUGAGGUGCCUCAGGUGUUGGUUGCAGAACAGAUCCGACAAGUUCCAGAGCCCGAGGUGCAAUAUGUCGACAGGGAGGUGCCCAACGUGACCUACCAGCCAGUUGAGCAGAUAGUUGAGGUGCCACAGGUUGUGCAAGAGGAGCGCCUCGUGGAGGUACCUCAAGUGCAGCUGGCGGAAUUCGUGAAGCAGGUGCCUAAGCAGCAGAUCCAGGAAGUGCCCAAGCACAUUCCCAGAGUCGAGACGCGCUGUGUCGAGAAGAUACAGCCCGUGCCGGUCAACCUGCUGCACGAAGUCGCCGUAGAAGUGCCACAGGUGCUGAGACACGAAGUCAUCACCGAGGUACAGGGCACGCAGACCGAGCAGCGCGUAGUGCAGACGGCCCAGGAGGUCGAGCGGCGCGUGAAUCGCAGCGAGGUUGUUGUGGGCUCCGACCCUGAAAGAUUUGGAGGUGCCUAUGAGGCAAAAGUUGUCCGAGUGGAUGCACCAACACCGUCAAACUACUCAGACACCUACAUGCAUGAGGGCUUAGUCAUACGGAGCAAGAGCCCGACACCAACCAGGGCACGCAUGGUUUCUGGAGUCGCUACCGGGGCCGUCACGCCCACAACCUUUGCACCUCAGGCUUCCGCACCUUGCCAGGCAUGCGGCAGCACCUAUGUGGAUCCACGGUUUCGGCAGGACCCAGCGCAGGUGGCGAACGCUGGGCCGAGCGCGCCAUACGGCUAUCCAACAGGCAGCCAGCUGCCUCAGCCAGGGCCUGGGAGCUUCGUUUCCGAGCCAGUGGGCCAGUAUCCCGCCAUGAACGAGCCAAUGAGCGCCACCCAGUACCCGCCGCAGAUGUGGGGGCAGCGGACUCCCUCUGAGUCCAUGAAAUGCCCACGCAGCGGCACAACCGAGCUCCAGUUAUCGAUUUCUCUUUGCCGGGCUGACGGGCAUUGUACCGGCAGAGAUUGCGCUGCCGCAUCCGCAUCGCUCUUGGCCUUGAAGGCGGAGACCCAAUCGGCCAGCUUCGACAACCGUGAGGACCAUGGCGACUGGCCGAUGAACAUGAGCGUCAACAACAGCAAUGGUACCGUGAAUGAGGAGCUGGAGAUGAUUUUGGGUGAGAACGCGGAGCAAGACUUGAAGGCGAUGAACAGCAUCCCAAAUCCGGAGAAUGCCAGCAGCAAUGGCACACACGGAAUGGGAGAGUUGGGUCGCAACUUGGAGUUCUUGAUGCUCAAAAUCGUCCAGCUGGAGACUGUGGUGGAGCUGCAACAGCACGAAAUCCAGGACCUCCGCGACCUUGUCAAAGACCAUUUGGACUUGGAUCAUGACACGGCUGUGUCAAUGAAGCAGGUGGAUCCUAAGACCCGCAGCCAGAAGGCGGAAGAGACGCUGAGGAAAGUCAUGCACAAGCACAACCGCCAGCGGGACAACCGAGACUUCCGACCAGAGAAGCACCAGGAGCAACAACUUCCGGAAGAGCGUCGAGAACUGCUCUCAAAGCGCGACAAGCCCCAGGACUCAUCCUUGCUCUCGGAGCGCUCUGAGACAAUGUCACGUCGGCGUGGUUGGCCACGCCGCCGGCGCCGCUUCAUCAAGGCAGUGUCAAAGGCUGCCUCCUCUGCUGGCGGUGCAAUCGCAGACACUGCAACGAGUGCUGCUGCGGCUGCGAAUGACGGCACAGGCCUGGUUGGAGACGCGCUGGGAGAUGCUUACUCAGCUGCCAGUGACCAGGUGACGUUCGUGGCCAACACUGUCAUUGACUCGGUGGAGCUGGCUGUUGACAUCCUUAUCCGCGGAUUCUCGGACUGGAACGCUGGCUGUCCGGAUACCCGCACGCCGGACAUGAGUGUGGAUUCAGACGGCAUCCGUGUGGAUUGGGGCCGUCAGAAGUGCUGGGUCCGACUUAUGGGACAGACAUGCAACCUCUUUGACUUCAACUUCGGCAGUGUGAACCUGGCUUGGCCUGAGCCCCUAAAGACGGUCGCCGGUUUCGGCUUGAUGCCGAUCCGGGCCAUGUUCAACCUUGGAUUCGACCUCGUGAAGUGUGCGACAUCGGGUUCUGCCAUUGAAGUCGUCAAGUGCCUUGGGCUUAAGCUUUUGGAGAUCGUGCCCCCCUUGAAUUUCUUAAACAGAAUGGGAGACAUGCUGACGGAGUUCAUCGAGGUUUUUGCGCAGGUUGCCGGCGUUGUUGUGAAGCAGGUGCUGGACGACAGUACCUCAUUGAUCCAACAAGCAGCACAAUCCAAGUUUCCGGCGGCUGGCGAGGUCCCGCGAGUGCAUCAUGCAGGAAAGAGCCUCACCAUCAAGACUCACUCUCAGCGCCGCAAGCUCCCCAAGGGAUCUAAGAUUCCACAAGAGGACAUGUCAGCCAUGCAGCAAGAUGCAAAGAGUGGCGAUGAUCCAGAUCCUCAGGGCAGCAUCGCUUUGAGUGUGUCGGACCAGGAUGGGAACUACGCUACCAGGCUCAUCACCCAGUUCAAUGGCAGGGAGACGGACACGAGCUCUUGCCUGGCCUUUGCGCCAAAGCAGAGACACGGCAGCAACAAUCAGGCAACAAAGGCAGACUGGCAAGGUGCUAACGAUGAUUCCUUUAUUGCCCUGGAGCCUUUUGGCGUGCCUUGCGACAAUGACUGGAUGAAGGCUAACUGGAACAAGUGGCAAGGCUACUCCUUCUACACCUGGGAGAUGUCCAUCGAAAAGUGUGUGACAGUAACCUACUCCUUGGGCAUGCAGCCUGUCAUUGCGUUCGUCGGCGGACUCAAUUUCGAACUGAUGCCUGCACCCCUGGCUGAGUUGGACACCACAGUCUGUUGGCCAGACAAGCAGCCUGAUGGAGUGGACCUAAGUGUCCUGCGCUCCGAAAUCCGCUCUGGCGGUGUAAUGCUCUUCAGCCGGACCCUCCGCCUGCAGAAGCGAUUUGGCAGCGGCACGGACUUCACGGACAGCAACACCUUUGGGGCGCACGAGUCUUGGCGCAAUCCGCUCGGCACCGCUGUUGGGCAACACGGGGUGGAGGACGAUCGCACUGUGGAGACGAUGCCGAGGUCCCUCCUGCAGGCGGAGACCAAUCAAAGCAAGAAGAAGCCGCAGACCAGGAAAACCCCAGAGGUGGACCUGCACUGGGAGGCCGAUUCCGAAGAGCUUUAUCUGGCGUCGAUUGAAUACGGAAAGCACCUGGGAAUCAACAAGACCUUCGAGCUACGCGGUCCAGAUGUCCUGAAGCACAUGAAGGAUCUGAGCAUUCUCCAGGCGCAAGCACAGUCGGGCACAGACUAUCACCAGCUCUUCAGCUUCAAGAAUCCGGGAAUGGUCAACUUUGAAAUCCAGGGCCUCUUGGAGGACAAUUCCUUGGAACUGGGCAUGAAGAUCAACUUCGGUCCCUUCGAGUCCCCGGAGAAGCGCAUUCCAUUGCUGGACAUCGUCGCUCAGUUCACGCUGGUCCUUGGAGCCAUGCCAUGGGUGUCGCCAAGUAGCAAGAUCAAGGCCAUCGCCGCCUUGAAUGAUUUCGGGAAGAAGGACGUCGGGGGCGUUACGCCAGUGGUGCCUCCGCCAGAAAUUACCCCAGGUGCCAUCAUCGGAUUGUACAGCCCUUCUCACAUUCGCUGGCUCAAGAUGAACGAGCACGGGGACUUUGUCCGCAGCAGCUCUCAUGAUUACAAUGCUCCAUUCCCAAGCGGUUGGACGUGGGAGAAGUUUGCUGUCGUGGAUGCCGGCGAUGGCUUGAUUUCUCUCCACAGUCCUAAGUGGAACAGGUUUCUGUCCAUGAACCCCGAAGGUGAUGUGUACGCCAGUCCCCAUAGAGCCGCCAGCGCGCUUCCACACGACUGGACAUGGCAGAUGUUCAAGGUGGUGUACGCUGGGGGUGGCCAGAUCGCUCUUCACUGCCCAAAACACAACCGAUUUCUCCGCAUGACGGAUCAGGUUGUGGAUGCCACCGGUCACAAGAGUGCGGAUGACUUGCCGAAAGGUUGGCUUUGGGAGCGUUUCCAGGUGAAACGCACAACGUGGCUCUUGAAACCAGGCAGCGUUGUGGCCUUCCACAAUGCACACCACAACCGCUACAUCAGCAUGAAUGGUAAUGCGAAUUUUUACCCGAGUGACCCGCGGAAUUUUGAUGACGAAUUCCCGGAAGGCUGGACAUGGCAGAAAUUCACAGUGGUGGAUGCAGGGAAUGGGGAGGUGGCUCUCCACAAUUCUGUGCACAAUCGCUUCUGGAAGAUGUCUCCAGAAGGAGACAUGCUUGGCAGCGUUCGUAAAGCUGCUCACCAGCUGCCUCCUCCGAAAGACUGGCCCUGGGAACGUUUCGCGGUGGUUGAUGUUGGCGGCGGCAAGGUUGGCUUCUGGAACCCGCUGCACAACCGCUUCGUAUCGCUGUCGACCUCGGAUGUUUACGGCUCUUCACACAAAGCGCCGCAAGAUUUCCCAAGCGGCUGGACAUGGCAGAUGUUCCAGGUGAAAGUAAUUGCUGAUGCAAGCUGGGAGUCCAACGACAUUGCCUGGUCUUACUCGUGA